CGUGCAGGAAGUGACGGAGGAGAGUCUCGCGUUGAGCUCCGGGGUGAGCGCGUUCACGAGCAGUCGGGAGUGAGCAUGUGGAAGGUGAUCCGCAUGCUGGUCCGGGCGGUGCCCUGCUCAGAGGCCGCGGCAGGGAGGAGUGUGACCCGGCAGCUCUGCAGCGGAGCCGGGAGGCCGAUCCGGACCUGCACCGUGGACCCGAACCGGGAGGAGACGUUCGUGUUCGUGGACUGUUCAGAUCCAGACGAGGACAAAGACCUCCUUCAUCAGCUGAGCCUCUCCUCCUCCUCUGCUGCCCCUCCUCAGGUUCCUCCUCAGGUUCCUCCUCAGAGACACCUGAGGUCUCUGGAACGUCAGCUGCAGGUGUUGAGGGGCGUGACCCAGCAGGAGGCAGAGCCGGACUCUCUGAUCCAGUUCCAGGACGUGGACUUCCCUCUGGAUGAGAGCGUCGUGUCAUCGAAGAAGAAGGAGAAGAAGGAGAAGAAGGAGGAGGCGGCAGGUAAAGGUGAGCACAAGGUGUUCGGCAGCCCGGACGUGGACGAGCCGUUCAGUGACUCCUGCUGUCGGGGUUGCGGCGCUGUGCUGCACUGCACCGCCGCCGGCGUCCCCGGUUACCUGCCCAGUGAGAAGUACAAGGUGCUGCUUCAGGAGCAGCGUCUGAGCGCCGCCACCUGCCAGCGCUGCCACCUGCUGACCCACCACCACCGGGCCCUGAACCUCCACAUGACCUCCGGCCAGUACCGGGCCGUGGUGCAGCAGAUCCGCCCCCACAGGGCUCUGGUGCUGCUCGUGGUGGACCUGCUGGACGUCCCGGACUCCAUCGUUCCCGACCUGCCUGAGCUGGUGGGGACUAACAAGCACGUGGUCGUCCUCGGCAACAAGAUCGACCUUCUGCCCGGAGACUCGCCCAACUACCUGCAGCGAAUCAGACGGCAGCUCUCUCAGUACUGCCGGGACGCCGGCUUCGGGGCUCAAGUGACCGACGUCCACCUGAUCAGCGCCAAGACCGGCUACGGCGUGGAGGCUCUGAUCUCCAGCCUGCAGAGGUCCUGGAAGUACAAAGGUGACGUGUACCUGGUGGGCAGCGCCAACGCCGGCAAGUCGACGCUCUUCAACACGCUGCUGGAGUCGGACUACUGCAAGUCCAGAGCCUCCGAGCUCGUCCACAAGGCCACCAUCUCUCCGUGGCCCGGGACGACUCUGAACCUGCUGAAGUUUCCCAUCAUCAACCCGACUCCCGACAGGAUGUUCAGACGGCAGGAGAGACUGAAGGACGCAGCGAGACAGACGGAGACGGAGCUGUCUCCGGACGAGCUGAGGAGACUGAGACACUACAGCAAACAGGGAUACCUAGUGGGUCGCGUUGGCAGAACGUUUCGGUCUGACAUCAGAGCCCGACACGAUGAGAUCGAGUUUGAUCCCGACAGUUUGGCUUUUGGAGAAAACGAUGACGGAGAGACGAAGACCACGACAGCUCCCAGCGGGUCAACUAACGAGUUCUCCUUCAACGAGCUGAAAGACGCUCACUGGCUGUUUGACACACCGGGAAUCCUCAAGGAGCACGACAUUCUGGGCCUUCUGACUGAACAGGAAGUGAUGUCACUGGUUCCCACUCAGGCUGUGGUUCCCCGGACGUUUGUGUUGAAGCCCAGUAUGAGUCUGUUACUGGGAGCUCUGGGCCGCAUCGACUUCCUGCAGGGGGGGCGUUCCUGCUGGUUCUCCGUGGUGGCCUCCAGUCGGCUCCCGGUUCACAUCACCAGUGUGGAGAAAGCCGACGGUGUUUAUCAGAAGCAUGCGGGACACGAGCUGCUGGGGGUUCCUCUGGGGGGGUCGGAGCGGAUGAAGCGGUUUCCAGCGUUGGUUCCUCAGGAGUUCAGGUUGGAGGGGCGGGGCUACCUGGAGGCUGCUGCUGACCUCAAACUGUCCUCUGCAGGUUGGGUUGCUGUGACGGCAGCAGCAGGUGACCAGGUGUUGUUGCGGGUUCUUGGUCCGGAGGCGGCGGGUUUCAGUCUGAGGACGCCUCCUCUUCUUCCUCACAUCGUGUCUCUGAAAGGAGAACGCAUCAGGAAGUCUCCCGCCUACAAACCCCAGAAGCCUCCUGGGCUGCUGGACGGAGGCCUGUCGGCCCGCGGAGCCGAGAGGCUGCAGGUGAAGAAGAAGAAGAAAUGAACCUGCAGACAGGUGGAGGUACAGAGCUACAGGUGGGAGGAGCCUGUUUCCAUGGUGACGUGUUCCUCUUCCUCCUCCUCAUCGGUUCAUUCUGAUUCUAGUACGGAGAAACAUUUCCUGAUCUAUGCCUCCUGAAAGGAAUCUCAGGAGUCAGGAAACUGACUCACCGUGGAGACACAUCUGGAUGAUCAUAAAGUCAGUUUGUGGAUCUGUUCAUCAAUAAAGAGACAUCAGAUAUUUGUUUAUAUUUAAUGUAUGUUUUGUGUUUACAAGUGAAACAGCUGCUGACACCAAAUAAUUCUAUCAAUAAACUUUCAUUCAGCAAUAAUUUGUAUUUCAUGUUGUCAUAGAGACGGACAGGACUGUGCUUAUAAUAUACAUUUAUAUAUUUAUGUUUAUAUAUAUAUAUUUAAAUAUAUUUACAGCAGGUAAAAUAAGUAUUGAACACGUCACCAUUUUUCUCAGUAAAUAUAUUUCUAAAGGUGCUAUUGACAUGAAA